UCUUCUUCUUCUUCUUCUUCUUCUUCUUCUUCUUCUUCUUCUUCUUCUUCUUCUUCUUCUUCUUCUUCUUCUUCUUCUUCCCUUCUCUUGGGAUCCAGGCGCUGUACGGCACAAGCGUGAUGGGUCAAAACACGGAAUCGCAAUCCAGGUAGCAACAUGCCUCUUCAAAAGUCUUUCUCAGAGCAGCACGCCUCAGCGAGAAGCAAGCAAUCAUGGCACCGGUCCAAAACGUAUUCAGCCGCGCCUGACACGACACCAACGACAGCGCCAAAGCCUCUCCAGCCCGUCUCUGAAGCGAGCAGGAACAAGCUCCAUGCUUUCGAGUUUCAAGCGCCUGUCGAACCUGACAACCACGGCACCUCCGCGACUAUAAUCGAAGAAACGACCCAAGGCGACCCGGAAAAGAGAAUUGACGGUUUGACCAGAUCACAAGAUCACACAGUCGCGGAGAGGGCAGCAAUCACACCACACAGCAAGCUAGUAUGGCAGGAGCUGGUUGGUGACACCGAAGAGAAGGAGGAGGAGGAGGACACAAGCCCAAAUGAACGUAUCCUAUGGGAGUCCAAACGCGCCGAAGGUGUCCCCAAUCUAUCACCCAUGAUCACACGCAGGAGGGGCAAGAAGAGGGCCCGCAGCUCAUCCCCGACUUCCUCCCCGUCGAGCUAUUCGAAACCGGCUACGCCCGCCGUAAAUGUCAAGAAAUUGACACAGGCACUCAAGUCAGCACACGCCGAUCCCGCUAUCGACUUGUGGGAUCGCUUUGCCUUGAGCGGAUCGACGAACAUAACACCUCGUGGAGGUGCUAACCCUGCUCUGGCCCAGAUCAUGGUAUCCUCCUCACCGCAGCCCUCCAAGACACUCCCCCCGGGUGGCAAAGGUUCGGCAACACCAAACAGUCUGCGUAGGGCCAUAAGUUGUGGCGUCAAUUGGCCAAAACGGCGCAGGACAGAACGCGGAGAAUACAUUGGCCAACCUCGCACUGCCAUGGACGAGAGCCCCAGCCACGGCACCAAGACCUCUAUGGUCAAUGCCCUGCUGGACAGCGUCAAUGGUGAACUCAACCGUUCAAAAGCCAUUCAGACCAGACAUGAUGCGCUGAAGUCUCCAUCGCCCAAGAAGAGAGGUCAGCAACAUCAGACUUCAGUCAAUGCUGCUAAUAGGAUAUCUCCACCGCCGCGGCCGCCGCCACCACUCUUCAGGUCUCCGCCAAGAGCUGCCGCAACGGGAACAGGAGCUGAUCUUGUACGAACUGCCGCCAGAGAGGACUUAUCCGAUUAUGGCGACGUUGAUUUUGACGAUGACGAUUUUGACGAGGAUACACUUAUGGUUUUGGAAGCCAGUUUGGUGCCCGGUGAUGAAGAAACGAUAUCUGCAACUCUUUCGCCUGACACAGGGCCUAAAGCACAUCCAAGAACCAUGCCCACCCCACCCCAGAUAUCAGAAGAAGACGAUGAUGAAUUUGGGGGCAUGGAUGAUGACGUGUUUGCUGCCGCCGAGGAUCUAAUAGCCGAGAUAGACUCAAGUCGUACGUCUCAUAUUACACCUGGUAACACUACGGAUAGCCCUGCAGUAGUGCGUCAUAUGGGAACAAACAGUCGAAGGCAGGACGCUGGAGAAGAUGCAUAUGAUGAUGAUGACUUUGGAGAUGAUUUUGAUUUCGAAGCCGCCGAGGUGUCGGCUACACAGGCAGCUAAGCAUAUGGGCAGCGUUGGCGGAUCGGUACCAUCCGUACGUAGGUGACAUAGCUUAGCAUUGAACACUUUGCUAAAAUAAAAUGUAGGAAACACACAAGCCCAAGGCAAUUCAGCGAUACUUGGUGACUAAGGUUGUCGAAACGAGCUUCACAAACGAUUGUGGUCGGCCUGUCGCAGAAAAAGUCAGUAAUACAUAAACUAAAGCCCUUGUCCAAACUAUGCUUACAAGUCUUAG